AUGGCUCUGCACGCCGCACAGACCGACGACACGCUCACGCACGCGAUCGUGGGCCUGGGCAACCCGCUGCUCGACAUCCUCGCGGACGUGACGCCGGCGUUCCUCGCCAAGUACCACCUCGAGCUGAACAAUGCCAUCCUCGCGGACGCGAGCCACGCGCCCAUGUUCGACGAGCUCCAGCGCGCGUUCGAGCCCGUGUUUGUCGCCGGCGGCGCCACGCAGAACAGCGUCCGCAUUGCGCAGUGGAUGCUCAACGCCUACAACAAACACGCGACGUCGUUCUUCGGGAGCGUCGGCCGCGACUCGCACGGCGCGACGCUCGAGGCGUGUGCUGAAGCCGACGGCGUCAACGUCUCGUACUUGAAACACGACGGGAUCAAGACGGGGACCUGUGCCGUGUGCGUGGCCAACUCGGAGCGAUCGCUCGUAGCGGAUCUAUCGGCGGCCAACCACUUUCACGAAGACCACUUGGCCACGGCCGCGAGCCAGGCGAUCAUUGCCAAGGGCCAGUACUUCUACACGGCGGGGUUCCACCUCACCGUGUCCCCGCCGUCGGUCAUGGCGCUUGCCGAGCAUGCCAAAGCGCACAACAAAGUGCUGCUCGUGAACCUGUCGGCCCCGUUCGUGGUCGAGUUUUUCCACGAGCCACUGAUGGCGGCGCUCGCGUUCGCCGACUACGUCUUUGGCAACGAGAGCGAAGCCAAAACGCUCGGCAAAGUGCAGCACUGGGGCGACGACGUGGCAACGAUUGCGCUCAAGACGGCGCAGCUGCAGAAGGCCAGUGGCUCGCGCUGUCGCACUGUUGUGUUCACACAAGGCGCUGAUGCGACCAUUGUCGUGCACGAAGGCAAAGUGCACAGGUUUGAAGUCCCGAGCAUUGCGGCCUCGUCGAUCGUUGACACGAACGGCGCGGGCGAUGCCUUUGUCGGUGGCUUUCUCUCGCGCUUGGCGUUGAAGCAGCCGCUCGACAAGUGCGUGCAGGCGGGUCACUGGGCAGCUCAAGUCGUGCUGACCCGCUCGGGCUGCACGUUCCCAGAGACGUGUGACUAUCGAGAGUAA